AGAAUUACUUCGGAUGAUUUCAAGCGACUUAGUCAACAAAUAAUAGAACUUUUUCCUACUGAAAUUGUGGUUAGUUUUAUGUAUUUCUUUAUUAUUUUUAACUCUUUAUAAUAGUAGAAAUUUCUAUACUCUCUUUAUACAUGCUACAUUCUAUUUUAUUUGAAAUAGGAUACUUGGUACAUUCCAAGAAGAAAAAAAACUUCUGGAACUGAUCGUGCAGUACAACCUAAAGGAAAGUUAUAUGAUCAGUACAUGAAAUUAAUUGAAAAACUUAGAAGAGCAGAGCUUCGAAGUGCCAAUUUGGAAGAAGAGCAGGACGUAAAUGACUUUCAUGAUUUUCAUGGAAUAGGCACUUCAGAAACACAGUUAGACAGCUUUCAAUGGUUACGACAAUGCCUGGAGCCACAGAAUGAGGCCACUAUAAAAUGGAAAGAGACUGCCUCUAUAAGACUUUUGAAACUUAGAAGUACAGAAUACAGACGGAAAAAAGACAAACAGUUUGUUGGUACAAUCACUGAUUACUUCGAUGAAUUUCGUGUUUUACGACAAUCAUGGGGUUAUAUUUUGGUAAAUUACUAGGAUUAAAAUUUUAUUAUUAUAUCUUCUUAAUAUUUGAGAAUAAUAAUAUUGUGUGUUUGUUUUAUUCUAGUUAGAACAAGAUUUCAGCUACCUGUAUCCUAAUCAUUCAAUGCAACUUUUGUCCAAUUGGGAGAAUAUUUCUCAAAGAAUAAAAAACCUUUUAAAGACUAACAUAAAAUCAUCAACUCCUGAAGAGAAAACUGUGAAAGUGUUGCUAGCAAUUCCAACACUUUUCUCUUCAAAAAAUGUUGGAAAGUGGAGUCCUACGGCAGCAGAUUUAAAUGUUGGUUUCCUGCUGCAUAUCAAGGUACAUACAUAUAUACAUAGAUAUUUCUGUCUUUGGGGAUUUGAACCUUAAAACUAUCGAAACAACAUAUAUAUAUAUUAAUGAAGUCACACACACUAUAUAUAUAGUGUGUGUGACUUUUCACUGUAAUGUUUGUGUCGUAUUGGUAUUAUACAGAAUUAAAAACGUUUUUACACAAUAAAAGUACGUACGGAAAUAAAUUAGAGCAUUAUUCAAUAGCAGAUGAAAAUGAAACAAUAAUCAAUAUUAUAAUUUUUCCCAAUUGGAUAGAGGCGCUUUCACGUCAGAGUUCAGCAGUCAUUGCAGCGUCUCCUUAAGACAUAACAAUAUUGUAAGAGAAGGUGAUGUGAAAAAUAUUUCUAUACAAAUGUUUUUGCCAAAUUUAAUCUAUUUUUUUAGGCUUUACGAGACUUAGAGGUGGAAGUGAAACGCAUGAGGAGGAAACUAUUUGCUGCUAAGAAGCAACUUCAACCGUUUCCUGUCAUCAUUGGUGAAAAUACAGCAAAUAUUACAGAAUCCUACGUUUAUAUCGAUAACUUUCCGUAUAAGGUAGAGAGUCCUUUACGUGCAAUAGAUGUGUGCUUUAAAGCAUAUCAUGCUUUGCAUGCAUUCUAUCCCUUUCAGAGUAGUCAGCCAUGGCUUUUUCUUCAGCUAGCUAUUUAUCAAUUUAAAACUCAAUGGGAUGAACAUAUACCCUCUGUAGCAACAUUGGUGAAUGCAUAUUUACAGUUCGCAGAUAAUUAAAUUCUUUUUAAGUUGAGAAUAACUUUGUUCUGCUUUUAAGGUUUAAUUUUUAAAUAUUUGUGUUCGUAAAUAAAAUAUUACAAUGAUAAAGUGUGUAGGGCAAAAUUGUAAUUUAAUUUUGACCUCUGUUAAUGCUCUACAUUUGCAUUUAAGUACUGCUAAUAAAUUUGACGAUAUUACGGUAUAUAAGUGUCAAGUACCCCAAUGUUUAUCAGAUUAUAAUUCAUGGCGAAAAUUUCGAAAACAUCUGAUAUCCUAUCAUAAAUUUCCAGCUAAUUCUGUCGUUAAGAGUCAUAUUCAAAGUUGUGCUAAAAAAAGUAAUACAGGUAACUCACGAUCAUUAGACUCAGAAUCUGAAAAUAUUAUUUCCUCUGAUGAUUUUCUUGAGAACAUAUCAGUCUCAAAAGAAUCUAUCAAUGACAAACUGCAUAACUGCUUGCUACAUUACGUUGCGAAAUUAUAUGCAGAUCCAACUUUGCCCCGAAGCCAUACUCAAAGUAUAAUGGAUAAUACAGCUGCCUUGUUUUCUAGUAUUAUAUCAUCUCUGAAGCCUGCUAUAAGUUUGAUGUGUAAUGAAGCAGAAUCUAAUGAGAAUGUAGUACGGAAUAUUUUCAGUUUAUUUGAUACAGUGCUUAAAUUAUUUACCAAUUUUGAUUCGGAGUAUAAGCAUAUAAAAACUUUACAGGCAACAGAUUAUUUUAUUAAGCCUCAGUCAUAUAUUGUUGGAAACGUUGUAAGUGAAAAAAGAGUUGACAACCGAAUUAUUAAAGACAUAGUACCCAUACAUGGUCAAUUCCUAUCUCUUCGUAAAAUUUUGAAAGCUUUCUUUACUCUUCCAGGAGUUUUUGAUAUUAUUUAUAAUUACAUGAUAUAUUUAAUGGAAGAGACAACUGUAUUAUCUAAUUUUGUUCAGGGUAGAUUGUGGAGAAAAAAAAAACAAAUUAUUUUUCUGACAAAAUUGUUUUUCCUAUUUUCGUUUAUCACGAUGACUUCGAAGUAAAUAAUCCUUUGGAAAGUCAUAAAGCAAUUCAAAAGAUAAGCGGAACUUAUAUUACUAUUCCAUGUAUUCCACCAGAAUACUCCACAUUGAAUGAAAUUUUUGUUACUUUAUUGUUCCAUGUAUCUGAUAGAGCCCAUUUAAAAAAUGAAGCUAUGUUUCGCAUAUUAGUAGAUGAAAUCAAUUUCCUUCAGGACUAUGGUAUUGUUUUACAUUUGCCACAGGGUGACCAAAAAGUAUACUUUGCUCUUGGUUUAUUGACUGGAGACAAUCUUGGACUCAAUACAAUAUUAGGCUAUUCAAUGAGUUUUAAUGCCACUUAUUAUUGCCGCUUUUGCACUACCCGAAAGGAAGAUUUGGAAAAAGAUUGCUUUGUACGAAAAGAAAAUUUGAGAAGGAAAGAAAAGUACUUGAACAAUAUCCAUGAUGGUCUAUCCAAAUCUGGUUUAAAUGAAUAUUCAAUUUGGAAUGAAGGUAAAGGGUUUCAUGUUUAUGAAAACUUUGCUUCAGAUCCUUUGUUACAUGAAAUGGCAGAAGGUUGUCUGCGAUAUGGAAUGGGUCAUUUAUUAUAUCAUUUAAUGUUCAAUGAGAAACAUUUUGUAAGUCAACAACUUAUUGAAAGAAUGAAAACUUUUGAUUAUGAUAUAAACGGAUUUUCGAACAGGCCGCCACUUGUAACGGAGGAAGAAGUAGAAAACAAACAUUUAAAUAUGUCAGGUACUGAAAUGAUACAUUUUUUUUUAGCUUUUGGUUUUCUAGUUAGAGAUUUUGUGCCUUGUGAUAAUAAAUUUUGGCAUUUUUAUAUUGUUUUACGCCAAAUAUUUGAUAUUAUUGCUGCUACAAAUAUUCAGACUGAAGUAUCGAUAUUGUUGGAGCAACUCAUUUUUGAACAUCAUACAUUGUAUCAGGAACUCUUUAAAGAUAAACUAAAACCUAAGUAUCAUAUUAUGCUACACUUUCCUAUAAUGCUUGAAAUGUCAGGAUCAUUAGCUUUAUUUAGCACAAUGAGACAAGAAUCGAAAAACAGGCUUAAUAAGAUUCGUGCUAAUGCGACAUACUCAAGAAGAAACAUUACUUUUACAUUAGCGUUCAAAGAAUCUCUGCAAAUGUGUUAUAGAUUAAUAAGUCAGACAGGAUUUACUCAGAAAUUUGAAAUGGGACCAGGGAAUAUUUUAGACCAGUUGCCUGAAAACGAAAAUUUAGAUCAUUCAUACAUUCCUGUUGAUUUUAGAGCAACGUGCAUAGAGGUUCCAUGGAUUGAUUAUAAGGGAACAAAAUAUAGAAUUGGUACAUGUGUUGUUCUUGGGUCAGAUAAUUUUGAAUUGCCUAUCUUUGGUGAGAUUCAAAGGAUAUAUUACAGGGAGGGCUUCAAGGUUUGUCUUGUGUGUUUUACCUUUACAACAAUUGGCUUUGAUGAACAUAUGCAUGCCUAUGAUGUUCAAAUGAGUACUAAAAUUUCUUGUAUUAACAUUGAUGAUUUGUUUGAUCACUCUCCACUUAUUUCAAUCAGAAUAAAUGAUGGCAAAUAUUUUAUUUCUACAAGGCAUGCAUUGUGAGUAUUUACAAGACAUAUGUAAAUGUUUUCAGUAAGUCUUCUUAAGUGUAUCUUCUUAAGCAUUUUCAAAUGUAAUAAGUAAUUAAUGUUCUGUUUAUUAUAAGAAUUGUCUUUAUUGAAUAUGCGGUGUUAAUGUAGUGUAUCUUCUUAAGCGUUUUAAAAUGUAAUAAAUAAUUAAUGUUCUGUUUAUUAUAAGAAUUGUCUUUAUUGAAUAUGCGGUGUUAAUGUAUUUGUUUAAAUGCAUAAAAAUAAAUUA